AUGUUCAUGCGCUCAGCAACACGCACAUGCGCUAGACAGAGCUGUGCAAGCCGCAUAAAACCGACAGCUUCGCGGAACUUUCGGAUACAAGCAGGAGCACGAGCAGGAGCAGGACGAUUAGAGGUGUUCACACCAGCAUCCCAUGGCUCGAUAUCACGGCGGUCGGCAUCCACGAUCUCCCCCUCGCACUCAAGACUAUACUCCUCAAACACCUCCCCAGCAGACGCGAAGAUAGAAGAGAUAACCGAGCUCUACGCAACCGCCCGCGACGAGUUCGAGAUCGCCGCCGAAGAGACAGAGAAGCAGACCGUCUACGCCGAAGACGACCGGGCCGCCGCGCGCGAAGAGCUGGAGAAGCUGAAAGCGGUGUAUCAGGAAGCCGUCACCGGAUCCGACAAGCUGCUCGCUGAGGAGGUGGAGCGGAGGGCGGGCGGCAGGAUUAGAGAGCUUGAGAAUGCGGUGAAGGCGAUGGAGGAGAUGGCUAUGAACCAGGAUUAG